AUGAAAAACUCUCUAGCCUUCAAGCUCCUGUUCUUAACUCUGACUAUAGCUUGUAAGAUCCAGACACAAGUGAAAUGCUUGGAGUUCAAUUUCCCUACGUUUGAAGAAAGCAACGAUUCAGACUUGAUCCGAGACAACUCAUACAUCGUCCUCGGAGCGAUCCAAGUCACUCCUGACAUCCGUGGCUCCCUCACGAACCAUUCAGGCCGCGCGCUCUACAAGAAGCCUUUCAAGCUAUGGAGCAAAGACAAGAAGAAAGCUACUUUCACCACCACUUUCGUUAUCAACAUCUCCAACCAAACAAACCCUGGAGGCGAAGGCUUAGCCUUUGUUCUCACACCGGAGACAGCCGCUCCUCAGAACAGCUCAGGUAUGUGGCUAGGUCUAGUCAACGAAACCACAAACAGAACUCUCGGGUCAAAGAUCGUUGCGGUUGAGUUCGACACAAGGAAGAGUCAUAAAGAUGAUCUUGAUGGAAACCAUGUGGCUCUAAACGUGAACAACAUCAACUCUGUUGUUCAAGAGUCCUUGAGCGGUCGAGGGAUCGAGAUCGAUUCUGGUCAUGACGUUACCGCACAUGUGCGGUAUGAUGGUAAGAAUCUAUCGGUUUAUGUCUCAAGUAACAACUCGGAGGUAUAUGACCAACGGAACCUAAUGUUCUCUAGGGCUAUAGAUCUCUCUGCCUCUCUUCCGGACACGGUUUACGUGGGAUUCACGGCAUCAACAAGCAGUUUCACAGAGCUUAACUGUGUCCGAUCUUGGAGGUUUGAAGGUUUGGAGUUAGAUGGAGAUGAGAAAAUGUUAUGGCUUUGGAUUCUUGUCCCUGUUGUGUGUGUUGUUGUAAUAGGAGCUUUCUUAGGGUUUUUGUUCUUGAGAUCUAGGUCAAGAGCAGGGGAAACAAACCCUGAUAUAGAAGCUGAGCUAGAUAACUGCGCGACGAACCCGCAGAAGUUCAAGCUGAGAGAGCUGAAGAGAGCAACAGGGAACUUCAGCCAUGAUAACAAACUAGGACAAGGAGGGUUUGGGAUGGUGUUUAAGGGGAAGUGGGAAGCUGAUCCGAGAAUGGGAAGUUCGUUUAAUGAAGAAGAGAUGAAGAGUGUUCUGCUCUUGGGACUAGCUUGUUGCCACCCGAACCCGAACCAAAGACCGUCCAUGAGAACGGUUUUGAUGGUGUUGACGGGUGAGACUAGCCCACCAGAUGUGCCUACAGAGAGACCAGCUUUUGUCUGGCCAGCCAUGCCUCCAUCGUUUAGUGACGUUGACUACUCUCUUACAGGGAGUCAGAUCGAUUCGCUUACUGAGCUAACUGGUCGGUGA